UUCUAACAGGUGAAUAUCAGUUUUAAUUUCUGUGUCUCCCUUGAAGAUCAUCUACAGUCAUCUCAAUAAAUUAGUUAUUUGUAUUGUUUCAUAUCAGAAUCAAGCGAUGGAGGUGGCCAUAAAGAAUGUGAUGCCAAACACAGCCCACCAAUGGUGCAAAUGGCACAUCAUGAAGAAAGCAGAAGAGUGCCUUGGACCCCUAUACAGAAAACGGAAUGGGUUCCGAGCAGAGUUCCAUAAGGUCUUCAGCAACGUAGUGACAAUAGAUGAGUUUGAGACAGCAUGGGCGGUGUUGAUCGACAAGUACAACUUAAGGUCACAUCCAUACAUGGCACAACUUUACGAAACCAGGAAGAAAUGGGCAAAGCCAUAUUUCAAGGGGGUGUUUUGUGCCAAGAUGACGAGUACUCAAAGGAGCGAGACUGCCAACAGUAUGCUGAAGAAAUAUGUACCACCUGCAUGCCUGAUGCAUAUGUUCGUGAAGCAAUACAUGCGCUUGCAGUUUGACUGGGACGCAGAUGAAGCCUAUGAAGAGAAACGGACCCUGAUUGGUGGCGUCGUGCUGAGGCGUAACUUACCUAUGGAGCGACAUGCUAGCAAGAUAUAUACUCAUGCGAUGUUCAAACAGUUUGGCCAAAUCCUUUAUCAAGCAGGAUCUUACCGUCUGGAGGUGAUCGAGAAGAACAAGGUGUACAGGACAACGUAG